AAAGCGGGCUAUAAGGGACGCGGCCCAGGCGGCCAGGCGGGCGGGAGCCAGACCGACCAUGGCGGAUGUCCCCGGGGCGCAGCGAGCGGCUCCCGGCGGCGGCGGCGGCGGCGGCCCCGAGCCCCGGGACCCCCUGGACUGCUGGGCCUGCGCCGUGCUGGUCACGGCCCAGAAUCUGCUGGUAGCAGCCUUCAACCUCCUCUUGCUGGCGCUCGUGCUGGGGACCAUCCUGCUGCCCGCUGUGACCAUGCUGGGCUUCGGCUUCCUCUGCCACUCCCAGUUCCUGCGCUCCCAGGCACCGCCUUGCACGGCGCACCUGCGGGACCCGGGCUUCACCGCCCUGCUGGUCACCGGCUUCCUGCUCCUCGUGCCGCUGCUCGUGCUCGCGCUGGCCAGCUACCGUCGCCUCUGCCUGCGCCUCCGCCUGGCCGACUGCCUCGUGCCCUACAGCCGGGCCCUCUACCGGCGCCGGCGCGCCCCGCAGCCGCGGCCCACCCGGGCCUCACCAGGGCCCCAGGCCGCCUCCGCAUCAGGGAAGGUCUGGGUUUGAGGACCCUCGAAUCGGGAGCUACCCUCACGACGGUCCCCCCUCCCGGCGGCCCCAAGGACUUGAGGCCCGGGGAAGGGCGGAGGGGGGGGGGGUGUCUCCCGACCCUCCCUGCCCCCAUCUCUGCCCAAGCCGGGUCCCAGCAUCCCCUAGGGGAGCCGGAGCAUCUGUGGACCCAGAGCUGGCGGAAAUCCGCCACGCCCCGGAAAACCCACUUUACUACUACCUACAUGUGAAUCCUGGACAUCUGGGCUGGACCCUGCGCACACCAGCACUCCACCCUCCUCCCCGCCUCCCACCAUCCCGACGAACCUCGCGUCCUCCUUUUCUGGUGCAGCUCCUCUAGUAUUUACGGGCUGGGGGGCAAAGUUCCGGGGGGGUAAAGAAUUAACGAACGUCAAUAAAGAAUUAACGAACUGAAUGUGUUGCU